UAGAGGGAAAGUUGGGUGGGAUUUGGAGGCAGGUCUCAGCGAAAAUCUAACUUAGAAAAGUCAAGUUAACCUUUAAGGAAGCAGAUGGGAAUAAAGGAACUGAGAGGAGCUUAAAUAUCCAAACUGCUCAGUUAAUCCUUUGCUGUGCAGCAGUGGCUUUGGGAAGUACACUGACCACGUUAGCUCAGACCGUCACCGUGUGACGUAGGCACCAGUAUACCCAUUUCAUGGGUAAAGAGUUCCAGUUGGCUUCAUCCAAAGCUACAGACCGACUGCAGAGGAGCUACUGCGAUCUCCCUACAAAGAAAGCCCCAAGCCACCCUGGACCUGCCACCAUGGAUGAGUCCUCGCUGCCUGUGGUUCCAGCCCCUAUUGCUGCUCCAGGGCCAGCACCAUCUGCCGCUGCCCCUCGGGUGCCCUUUCACUGCAGCGAAUGUGGCAAGAGCUUCCGUUACCGAUCAGACCUGCGGCGCCACUUUGCUCGGCAUACAGCGCUCAAGCCCCACGCAUGCCCUCGCUGUGGCAAGGGCUUCAAGCAUAGCUUCAACUUAGCUAACCACCUGCGCUCACACACUGGAGAGCGGCCCUACCGAUGCUCCGCCUGCCCUAAGGGAUUCCGAGACUCCACUGGCCUGCUACACCACCAGGUCGUCCACACUGGCGAGAAGCCCUACUGCUGUUUGGUCUGCGAGCUCCGCUUCUCCUCUCGCUCCAGCCUGGGCCGCCACCUCAAGCGGCAGCACCGGGGCGUCCUUCCAUCUCCCCUGCAGCCAAGCCCAGGCCUGCCUCCCUUGAACUCCCCCUGCUCAGUGUGUUGCAACGUGGGUCCCUGUACGGUUUGUGGAGGUGGAGGGGCUGGCGGAGGAGAGGGCUUGGAGGGAGCAGGAGCAACCAGCUGGGGACUAGCAGAGGCCGCAGCUGCCGCAGCUGCCUCGCUGCCCCCGUUUGCGUGUGGCGCCUGUGCCCGUCGCUUUGACCACGGCCGGGAGCUAGCUGCCCACUGGGCCGCGCACACUGAUGUGAAGCCAUUCAAGUGCCCACGCUGCGAGCGCGACUUCAACGCGCCCGCGCUGCUGGAACGCCAUAAGCUUACUCACGACCUACAGGGGAGCAAUGCACCCCCAACGCAGGUCUGGUCCUCGGGUGGGGGUCCAGAGGUGGCAGGAGAUGGCGAUGCAGUGGAGGUAAGAGAUGCCCCGCCGACCUGGGACGCCGGGCUACUUCUAAGCCCCACCGGGGCAGGCAUCCCCAAGCUGGAGGCACUGCUCCCCGAGGGUGAGGGUGCAGAGAAUGCUCGGGCUCCGGCUGCAGCAGCCGAGGCGUCCUCGGAAGACACACUGUACCAGUGCGACUGCGGGACCUUCUUCGCGUCUGCCCCAGCCUUGGCCAGUCACCUAGAAGCCCACUCGGGCCCAGCCACCUAUGGCUGCGGCCACUGCGGAGCAUUGUAUGCAGCGCUGGCCGCUCUGGAGGAGCAUCGGCGUGCCAGCCACGGUGAGGGCAGUGGGGAGGUGGCCCCUGAUGGCGAGGGCGAGCAGGCGACUGGAGGGCCGGGGCCCGGCUCCUCCAGCCGUGGCAAGAAAAUCUUUGGCUGUUCAGAAUGCGAGAAGUUGUUCCGUUCGCCUCGCGACCUGGAACGGCAUGUUCUGGUCCACACAGGGGAGAAGCCGUUCCCGUGCCUAGAGUGUGGCAAGUUCUUCCGCCACGAGUGCUACCUCAAGCGCCACCGACUGCUGCAUGGCACAGAGCGGCCCUUUCCCUGCCACAUCUGUGGCAAGGGCUUCAUCACACUCAGCAAUCUCUCUAGGCACCUGAAGCUGCACAGGGGCAUGGACUGAAUAGCCAGGCCACCCCGACCUCUACAAGUCCAGAGCCAGAUCAUAAUAAGAUGAGGCCCUUGCCUGGAAAAAUGGUGCCACCCAGAACCCACACAGGACCAUAGUGAAGCAUCCUUCAGCAAAGGGGUCCAAGGACAUAAUUGUUAGGGACUGAAAUCUACAGAGAGACUCUUGACUUUGAGACCCCUGGAAUGUGGGCAUGCUCAGAUCAACUGGCCUCCGCCACUGAGACCUGAGAAUGAAAAACGGGUCUCCACUAGCACCUCUCAGCAGUUCACAUGUGGGUACCCUCACGGUCCUAUCACCCUGAGAGCCAUCAUUCCCAACGACCUUUAUCUGGGGGAUGGGGGCAACAUCUUGGAAUCUUCAGGAUCCCCUCCAGAUGACACCCACCAGCCACUCACUGGUAGCCCCAGAAAAUGAGUAUAGCCAGAAUCUGCCUUUCCCCAUUUUGCUUCCUAUGCUGAAAGAGGACCAGGGUAGAUGCCCCCACCUUCAGUUAACCUCCUCAGAUUAGGUCUCCCUUCCUGCAGAAUGGUCUGACCCUACUCAUCGUCCCCCAUCCUGAACACUAGUUUAGACUGGCCCAAAGUCUCCCUGCCCUGUAGGUUGGAUUGACCCAGAUACACAUACUCCUGUGCACUUGCAAUGGGCUGGUGCAGGCUGUGGCCUGACUCCACUCUCCUUAGAGUAAUAGGGCAGACAUUUCCUAUUUCCUAGAGCACAGUCCUCUGUCCAAGGUCGUCCCAAUCCUGUGACCGGGUGGAGGUGGUAGACAUUGGGGUUUCCCUCCCCCUCAACUGUAGUACCUGUCAGUCUUUCCAUCACUACCACCUUGUCUCUGUGUUCUAACCCCAAGAGGAAAGGGGGACUUGGCUAGGGGUUUCUCCCCCGUGAGCCUCAACCUCACCCCCUGGUCUCCCCAGUGUCUCUGGGACUCCAAUAAACCUCAUU